GGAGUGCAAAACCGCAGCUGGUGUGUGGAGGACACGGAAAACGACGGAUUGAAGAGGUGAAAAAAUAACUUGGAAAACUAGGAUCCGCAAAGUGUAGAAAAAGUGUUAAUUCUUCGCGAUUCACCGCAAUACGGCGUCGGAAUGUCCUCCCGAGUUGGCUGCCCGACGGUGAAGUGUACAGUUCGUGGCAUUCCGCGAGUGGCAAUGUAAUCGGGGGGAAUUUUUUUUCGAUCCAUGGUGGCGGAGUGAUUUAAUGGCCGUGUUCGAUGAUAGUGGCAGUAGCAGCAGCAGUACCAACAACAACAGCAGCAACAAUAUUAUUUGCAAGGUGAAAAACAGCAAUGGUAACAGCGUUGUUGGCAGCAGCACCAGCUCCAGCAACAGCACAUCCAAAAUUACUAGCAAAGGAGCAUCAACAGCAGCAGCAGCAAAGGAAACGGGAAAAGUUCCCAACCUGUCUCUGUACGAGGACAAUCUGCGGACGGCGCGAACCAUGUCGGCCGACACGGACGAUACGGAUGACGAACAGCAGCUCGAGGCUCUGGAUCCGUACUCGCAGCUCGAGGAGGACCUCCGGAACAUCAAGUCCGUGAUCCAUGUCACCCGGGAGAACAUCGACGCGCUGAAUGCCAAGUUUGCCGACUUCCAACAACCGCCGGCGCUCUAUCUGGAGGAAUAUCAGGAGUUGACCUCGAAACUGCACGAACUCGAAACCAAGGAGCAGGAGCUAAUGGAGCGGAAAAGUCAAAUGCAGCAGGCACGGGUUCAGGCGGCCCAGCAGAGCGAACGGGAAUCGACGAGUGAACCGAGCGAACCGCCCGAUCCGGAGGAACGCGUUGAGGUCGACAGCAUGUGCGGUACACUGAGCCGUACCUCCAAGAUGCUACUGCGGGCCCACCUACCGAAUCAGCAGCGAACAUCAGUCCAAGUGGUUCCCGGAAUGCGACUGAAGGAUGCCCUCGCCAAAGCCCUGAAGCGACGUAACCUCACCUGUGACAUCUGUGAGGUAACGUCGGCCAACAGCGACUACCCAAUCCACUGGGACACGGACGUCAGCAUGCUGAACUGCGAGGAGGUGUUUGUCCGCAUCCUGGACAUCGGGUUUCCCACGUACAUUUCGCACCAGUUCAUCCGGAAGACGUUCUUCUCGUUGGCCUUCUGCGAGUGUUGUCGCCGGCUGCUCUUCACCGGUUUCUACUGCAAUCAGUGCAACUAUCGGUUCCAUCAGCGCUGCGUGGACAAGGUUCCGCUGGUGUGCAGCAAACGGCACAUGGACAACACCUUCUACCACCAUUUGUUGGCCAAUCCGGAGAGCACCGUUGGCAUCAUCAACCCCGGAACGGGCGGCUACAAUACUAGUCUGCGACAUCCGCGCUCGCUCAACCAACAGGAUCGGUCCAAUUCUGCACCCAACGUGUGCAUCAACAGCGUCAUGAAGCCGCUGUUUGGCGCGGUGGACAAUCGGCCAUUGAUCAACUGCAGACCACUCCAGGUAGCGUUUCCUUUGCAGGCUCAAGCCAACCAGGAGCAUUCACAUUCCACUCAAGCAUCACCGACGAAUACGCUGAAGCACAGUAAACGUCCGAGGGCACGGUCGGCCGACGAAAGCAAUAAGAAUCUGCUCUCGCCACGGGACUCCAAACAGUCCGAGGAGAACUGGAACAUCCAAGCGGAGGAAAUCCUUAUCGGGCAGCGCAUCGGCUCCGGUUCGUUCGGAACGGUCUACAAGGCGCACUGGCACGGGCCGGUGGCCGUGAAAACGUUGAACGUCAAAACGCCCAGCUCGGCGCAGCUGCAGGCGUUCAAGAACGAGGUCGCCAUGCUGAAGAAGACUCGUCACUGUAAUAUACUGUUAUUCAUGGGUUGUGUAAGUAAACCAUCGCUAGCGAUCGUUACUCAGUGGUGCGAGGGCAGCAGCCUGUACAAGCACAUUCACGUUAUCGAGACAAAGUUCAAAUUGAAUACGCUAAUAGAUAUCGCCCGACAGGCGGCCCAGGGCAUGGACUAUUUACAUGCCAAAAAUAUCAUUCAUCGGGAUCUCAAAUCGAACAAUAUCUUCUUGCACGACGAUCUGUCGGUCAAGAUAGGCGAUUUCGGUCUGGCCACGGCCAAGGUCCGAUGGUCCGGUUCGCAGCAGUCUAAUCAACCGACCGGUAGUAUUCUCUGGAUGGCUCCGGAGGUCAUUAGGAUGAAGGAGGUCAAUCCAUACUCAUUCCAGAGUGAUGUUUACGCGUUCGGAAUCGUAUUGUAUGAGAUGCUCACCGAGCAGUUACCCUAUAAUCACAUAAACAACAAGGAUCAAAUCCUGUUCAUGGUAGGUUGUGGCAAACUGCGGCCCGAUCUGGCCAAUGUGCGUUCCGAUUGCCCACAGGCGCUCAAGCGCAUCGUGGAGGACUGUAUCAAGUUCGGUCGGGAAGAUCGCCCGCUCUUCCGGCUACUGUUGAACAUGCUGGAAAAUAUGCUCCGCACGCUGCCCAAGUUCCACCGCAGUGCAAGCGAGCCCAACUUCACCCAAACGCAGCUUCAGAACGAUGAUUUUCUCUAUCUUUGCUCCAGCCCAAAGACUCCGGUUAAUUUUCAUAACUUUCAGUUUUACAACGGGACGGGCAAUAUCUAGCCCGCUCGCUUGCGUGACGGGACGCUAAAAGCGGGUUCCUCGCGGUCGUCCUGGUGGGCACUACUUGAUAGGUCAGCGUUGAUGGUAUUUUGAAGGACGAUUUUUGACAUUCUGCUGGGAGAGAGCAGUAGUAUGAUUCUCACUGUGUAACCAUUAUCGAUUUUAUUAUAUUAACAGUUUGAUUCGAUUCCUGUGUCUCCAUUUUCCAUCCAUCGUUGUUACAAACAUUUUAAUUAAAUUGUGGUAUAGAAGUUAUCAAGUAAAACACAUCUUAGUUUUGUAUGAAUCAAGGUUAGAAUUUCUUUGUUGCCUUCCUAUUUUCCAUACAUAUGUAUUACAUGAAUAGAAAACUUUACUACUACAAAGAAGUUAAGCUCACCGAGUUCACGAGUAAUUCAGUAACUAUUAAUAUGAAUGGAAAUGGUUUUGAAUAUUUAACUCUAGUCAAACAGGAUCUUAUUACAAGUAUUUAGUGCUGAACAGUCAGGGAGCUGGUUGGAUAAUCAGGGAUAACAGGGGAAGAAGUUACCGGUGAGAAGGAAAUACCGGAAAGAAUCACAUUUCUGCAAAGAUGCUGCAAACUUCAGAUGGAAGCUAAUGAAUCUGGAAGAAACCCAAUCAGAAAUCCAUCCCUUAAGAUUUGUCCACAAAUUUCUUCAGAAUUUUUUGCUGAAAUGUCUCCAGAAACUCCUCCCUGAUUCCCUCCCAUAGCGUCUUUCAAGUUCCUAUUUGGAUUUUUUUUGUCCAAAAUUUCUUCCGGGAAUCUUCUAGGGAUUUUUACCGAAAACUCCAGGAUUUAUCCAUGAAUUACGUUCAAGGUUCUAUCCAGCUUUUCGCCAGGAUUUCCUUUAAAGAUGCUCCCGGAGUAUCCCGCAGUAUCUCUUAGGAUUCUCUCCAGUAGUUCCUAUUUGUAUUCAUUCAGGAUGUUUUUCUCCAAAUUCGUCUCUACUCCACAAGUUCUUCCUGAAUUCCCUUUGCAGUUCUUUUUGAGUUUUCUCUAAGAUAUAUUAUAAUUUCUGUCGGUGUUUCUAACGGACUUCUUCCUCUAAUUUUCUUAGAGUUCUUUCUUUUUAAGAUUUCUCGAAAAGUGCGCCCGGUAUUUUCUCAGGACUUUCUCUUGAGAUUCUUCUCAGUGGAUUCUAUAGAUUUCUUUUGCAGGAUUCCUCAAAAUUUCCGCUAGAUUGAUUCCUCUGUCUCUUAUUUCUGUCUUUUAGAUUUUUCGCCGGUAUUUAUUCCGUAGUUUUUUUUCUCUGGGACUCUGCUAAAUAUCUCUCCGGAGUUCUUCCUGCAGAUGCUUACGGGGUUUCUCCAAUAUGUUCUCCUACACACUAAGAUCAGCUCGGUAUUUUUCCCAUCUUUUUACUGAGUUCUCAACAGCAGAUUUAACUCGGUACGCUCGGUUAUUUCUUUUGCGGAUAUUCUGUAAAUGAGUUACCGAGCUCAGAUAAUAAACUGUCAAAAUUUACUGAUGCACGGUAAAUAUCGUUACUGGUAAACGGUAAAUACGAUAACCGAGUGUACCGAGAUAAAUCUGCUGUUGAAAACUCAGUAAAAAGAUGAAAAAAAUGCUGAACUCAGUGAAAAAAUUACUGAGCUGGAACAUCUGAAUCUUAGUGUGUAGGUUUUUUCUCAGAGCUUCUCGAUAUUUCUCCGGGAGUUCUUCCCACGAACUCUCCCUGAAGUACUACCGGAUUGCAUCCGAGGUUUCUCCUGGUUACCCUUCUAGAAUUUCCUUUGGAGUGUUGUUUCUCUCAAAGUUCUAUCCGAAAUAUCUUGCUUCGUGUUCAAGAGAUUUUGCCACUUGUUCCUGGGAUUUCUUUCAGAGAUUUCCCCGGUUUCUCCACACACUUUCAGACGAUUUAGACACAAUAAUAUGACCGGGAUCUCAGAAAAUUUGACAGUUCAUUGCUGAGAAUCAGCUAACAAACGUUGUUUUUAUUGAAAUAUCAGUUUGUGAGUUUGUUGAGCGGUCGGCUGUGCGAGAAACACCGAUAUUUUUUAAAUGUGCAGGAGAAAUCCUGGAGGGAGUAUAGAAAUUAAAUCCGGGAGAGAGAUUCCGUAACAAGCCACGACAGCAAUGAUUGGAUAAAUUCCAGUAGAAACUCUGGUAGUAACUCUGAAACAAGUCAUGGGAAACCCACUAACAGAAAUCCCGGAUGAAACUUCGGAAGAAAUCUUUAAUACAAAACACUGGAAGCACUCCGUUAGAAAUCAUGCAAGAAACUUCAAAAGAAACCCCCUGUAGAAAUCCCGGUAAAUCCACUGCGAAAAAUACCAAGAGGACUUACAGGAGAAAUCCCAGGAUGAGCGCCCAGAGAAAUUUCGGAAGGAUCGUUGCGUGGUCUCCCGUGCCCACGUUAUCCACGCCAUUCAGGUGCUGAUCGAAGUGCUGCUUCCACCUUUCGAUCACCUCACGUCCGUCCGUCCUUUUACCUACACAUUUCGGCUCGCGGCACGAAGCCAAUGCAGAAUGCGUUGAGCUUCUGGUAGAACUUCCGUAUUUCUUGGUAACGGCACAGCAGUUCCAUUUCUUCGCACUCCGCUUCUUCCAGAUGAUGCUUUUUCUCCCGAAAGAGGUGUGUUCCCGAAGGGAAACCAAAUUUUCCAAAGCAGCUGACUGGUUUUCAGCAACGCUUAAAACUGAAAUUUAUUUUUAAUUCAAUUAAAUCCAUUCCAAGCCUUAUUGUUAAUCUAAAUCUACUUACAAGAAGCGGUUUCCUUGUCCGCUAAAUAUUUUCAACUUUUCCGGUUGUAACUUGUGUUGGUGUUAGGUACCGCUACCCUAGACUACUUGUCGUUCACGAAUGCUUGGCUAUCAACAUAAAUGUUACCUGUUAUUAGACGACGGUUCUCCAUUUCUCUUCACAAAUCUACUUACGGAUGUCGUUUAGGACAAAUGCUGUUGCUUUCCUUUCCGUUUGCAGGCGUUUGCAGGUAUCUACCAGGUUGAUCUUCACAGCCACUAGAGAAUAUACGAUAAGUACUUUACAUUAUUUGUGUACCCUAAUUACACCUUUCUUCCUUUCUGUUUUUACCUACAAAAUAGUAUGAACUAUCUCGAGAAAAAUCUUAAUUUUCACGCUCAAUAUCACUGCACUUGUAAAUUACUCGACCUCAAAUUGUGGUGGAAAUUUGGAAGUCAAUUAUCACUAAAUCACAACUAUUCUUUUUCCAAUAACGAAUAGCAACCUUUUCCCUCUUCAACAGCUGUUUUGAUAUUUUGUUUUGCCUAUCUACACUACCACUAUUGUGCACGAAUUUGUGCGAGCUGUCAUGCUCAUUCAUUUAUGCUAGACUAGACGGGUUCAAUAUUAGACCUGUUCAAUUAUUUAAUUGAACUUACUUCGGCGUUGCAACAAGGUGGAUCUGCUGUUUCCGCUUCUGUUCCACGUUCUGUCGGGUCCCUUGCUGCAGCAUUACCGCCCGCGCUGCGUUAUUCUCCUCCAAAACCGUUCUGCAAUCCCGGUAGGAAUUAUGGAACGAAUCUUGGUAACCCCACAAAGGACGCUGGGAGCAAUUCCUUCGGGAGUGCUCGGGAAAACCCUCCGUAAUAUCCUGAAUGAUAUUGUACAUUAUUGAAAAGAAAAAAGUAAACAUUUUGUGAUUUUCCAACACAAUAUCUUAGGAGUCUAUGAACUGUUUGAGCUGAAAAUUUGACACGAAACUAAAACUUACUUGUGUUGUUAAUUUACGUUGAAUUCAAACAAUUUCAUAGACAGUAUGUCGUUUCCUUUUGGUUCAAUUUUGAAAUAAAAAAGGAAACAAUUCUCAUCCUCAUAACUCGAACCUUGAAUUGAAUAAAACAACCGAAACCGUCGGAUGUAGAGGUAAAAUAGUUUUCGAUGGUUUUACCGAAUAAAAAGGCCAAAAAUCCCAAUAAUUUUAAAAAGUAAAUAAAUUUGGAAAUAGGCCUUUAUAUUUUUACAAUAGUUAUUUGCGGAAUUUCUGGUAAGAUUUCACCUGGAUGUCUAUUGAUAUUACACAGGGAAGUUCGAAGAUUUUCCCCGGAGGUAUUCUCCGGAUUUAAUUUCCGGAAAAUUCCUGCAAGAGCUCCGGGAGCAAGAAAUCCUAAAAGGAAACUUGGUACAAUUUCUGUUUUGUUUCUUUUAAAGUCCCAGGAGGAUCACUGCAGGAAAUUUUGUAAACAAACUGUGAGAAAAACAUGGAAAAUCCUCUGGAAGAAAUCGCGAAAAGAACUGCAUAAGAAAUAUCAGCUGUUAGUAGCUCCUGCAGAAAUCGCAAAAGAACUACGAAGAAAACGCCGAAAAAAUCUUGGAAUGAAGUCCAAGACAUAUCUACAAAAAAAAAACACCCAGCCCCAGGAGCCACACCGAAAUGAAUCCUUCAAUGGAAGUCUCGGGAAAAUCUCAGGCAAAGCUUCAAAAGAAAAUUUUGCGAGAAAUAUCCCGGGAGAAAUUCUAGGAAGAAGCUCACUGGAAGAAUCUCGAGAGGAAUUCCUGCAGCAAAUUCUUGAAAACAUCCUGAGGAAUUCCUUGGAGGAGCCCUAGUAGCAUCCCAGGAAUACCUCCUUUACAGACUCUAAGAGAAAUCGGUUGGAAUUCAGGAAUCCUAUAAGAUUCUCAAGGAUACAUCCCGGAAAAAAAUUUCGAAUCUGGUAAGAAUCCAUAAUAGUCUCCGGGAAGAAUUCAAGGAGUGUUGAAAUACUGAAGGAAUCUUGUGAGAAAUCCUGAAGUUAUUCCAAGAAGUAUUUCUGAAGACGUUGGAUAUAAACUUCCGGAUUCAUCCGCUUCCACAUCGAAAUUUGCAGCAUUUUAACGAAAUCGUCAGCUUGCCGAAAAUAUUUGCUUGAUCUAGGAGUGCUUCUAUUGUUUCUCUAGCACGAUUAUCCAAUCCAGUUUCCUAUUUGGUAUAACUUGCUUUUAGAAUAAUCAUCCUGUGCAAUUUUCAACUUCGUUUGGGAACAAGCUUUCAAACAAUGUAGAGAACUCUGUAAACGCUGUAAACUUUACUUCUGAGUAGAUAUUAUCUAUUAGUAGUAAAGUUCGCCACUUUUUUUUCGUCCGGUCCUUUGUAUCUUAGAUGGGUUUCUUUAAAGAAGUUUCCGCAAUUCAAAACUUUUUUUCCGAGAAGCCCUUGCUUCUUUACGACUUCAACCAAAGAUCCUCUUGAGAUUUUUCUGAUGGAUAUUUGCGAUGUUUCUCGCAAGGUGUCUCCUGGAUGCCUUUCGGUACUUCUUCGAGAAAUUUGGUAGGUUACCCCUGAAGGUCUUCUGAGAAAAACUCUUGAAAAUCCCUGCAAGAACUCCGGGAGUAACUACAUAUUGAAGAAAUCCCAAGAGAAUUGUCUUGCAUCUUGAUACAAUUUCCGGUAAGGUUUCUGAGCAAAUCUAAUCAAGAGGAGCACUACAAGAAAUCCUUUCGAGGAAAAGCCUGGAAAACCCUCUGAAGGAACUCGCUAGAAGAAUUCCAUGAGAAAUGUCAGCAAUACCUCCUGCAGAAAUGGCAAACUCCGAAGGAAAACUUGAAAGUCCAGGAUAAAUCUAGAAAAAAAGACAUCCCCAGCCCCAGGUGCAAUACAUACUGGAAGGAAUCUUCUAAUGGAAAUCAUAGGAGAAUCUCCGUGGGCAAUCUUAGGUGAAGCUUCAAGGGAAAUCCCGUGAGAACCUUUAAGAAAUGUCUCGCUAUAAACUCUACGAGAAAGCUCACGGAUUUUAUUGAAAUCACAAGUGAAACUCUGGAAGAAAUCUCGGGAGGAAUCCUGCAGCAAAUUCUUGAAAAAUUCCUGAAGAAAUCCGCGGAGGAGCUCUAGAAGCAUCCCAGGAAUAACUCUUUUAGAGACUCAAGAGGGAAAUACUGAGAAACACGUGGAAAAAUUAUGUAGGAUCCCCGUGAAAAAUUACAGAGGGAAUUCAGAAAUACUAGUAGAUUCGAAAUUUUAAAAAAUGCCGAAAGGAAUUCGGAAUAAUCUCCGGGAGAAAUUCAAGAAAUGAAAACAUUCUGAAGAGAUAUUGUGAGAAAUCCUGAACGUCAUUCCGUUCCAGAAAAAAAUCCUGACGGAACUUCUGUAGACAUCCUUGCAGAUUUUAUCUUCCAGACUCUUUUUUCGUAGGGUGUAGGGCGCGGGCGGGGUUGACUCUGCCCGCCUUCCGAGGACAAAGGGAGUGGCGAGGACCACUCGGGAAACUGACUAAGCGCCAGCAUGCUACCGUGAUGGACUCUCCAAAGCGAGUCAUCGAUGUUCGUUGCUGCAGGCUACGCAGCUAACCUUGUGGGUGCGAUGUGCACUAGCCCCUCUGUGAAGCAAUACCUUCUUGGUGGUUCCGGAGAGACGUAGGGUUUGGCGACCAUAGGAAUGGUUUAGUGGGUACGAGGAGAGAGUAGUCCUGGAUUUUACUUUUGUUGUAGAAGACGGCCUGUCAGACCUACACUACCCUAACCUUCUGUUAGGGUGUCUGUUGAGCAGAUUAUCCCCCUAUGGUUUAGAAGGAAAAAAAAAAGACUCUUUUUUCGUAAACUUGGAAUUUGGAGCUUCUUUUCGGAAUCGUUGUGUCGGGGUUUCAGAAAUAUUUGCUCGAUCUAGGACCCCGUCCCUUGUUCCUGUAAUGCGAUUAUCCAUUUCUCUACUACAUACUACAAUUUCGUACGUUUUAUUUACACUAACAAAUGUAGUAAAGUCUGUGAACUUUACUUUUGAAUAGAUAUUUACUAUAAGCAGUAAAUUUUGCCACUUUUUUCCUUUGGCUCAUUAUUGUGAAGAAGUUUGCAUGAAAGAUUAUUCCAGAAUUUUUACUACCUAUCGUUCAUUUCUAGAUUGCAGCCGAGUUCCUCCCGUAUUUUUUCCUUCAAUUCCUUCAAAAAUUUCUCCCUCGGUUCCGAUCAGGAUUUCUCCCGAGACAUCUUCCGCAGUUUAUCUCGUGAUUUAUCUUGUAAUUCUUUCCGUUUGUAUGUACUUCAGUUAUUUUCUCCGCGAUUUCUCCUGGAAUUCGUCUUGAAAUUGCUCACGAAGCUCCUCGCGAAUUUCUCACAAAGUGUCUCUUAGUAUGUCCUAAUGUGUUCUGUCGCUCACCUCAGGAUUGUUCUCGAAGAUUAUUCGCACAAUUCAUCGCGGAAUCUCGCAAUGGAAUCACAGGCAGUUGCAGUUUCCUCAAGGAAUCAUCUUGUUUUCUUGGGGAAGUUAGAAUUCUUAACGGAAUGCCUUGAAAUUUGUCGGUUUCCUCAUUUUCCAAACUCUCCAACUUAAGUUUAAGGUAAGCUUCUUCUUUUUCAAACAUAGAGGACAAAAUGAGAUGAAGUCCCUAACCUCAAAUCUGUCUGGUGAACAAUAACCACUGGUACAAUUUAAUGGUUUUUAAGGUAGGAAAAUGUUUUUCCAAAAGUGCAAAAAACUCGAAUCGAAUCAAGUUGUUAAUGCAGUAUAAUCGUUUCUGCCCUCAUGUUUAGAGGACACAGUGUGUAAACUUCGGAAGCGUACGUGGAGCAUUCUAUAUUUAAUGAAAAUGAUAGGGCAAGUUCUCCCUAAAAAAACAGUAAGCCACACAUCUCCUACUUCUAUCAGACUGGUGUAAAUAAUCACACACACGCAAGGUUUCUCUUCUGAGGAGAGAAUAAAGAUACGUUACACACAUUAUGAUGAUACUAGAUUAUUGAAAAAUACACUUUGCGAAAGGCAAACUUAAGACGGUGUACCCCCAAUUGAUUGUUUUCUUUGCCGAGAAAGUGGUGAUCCGGAGCAAAACUGUAUCCGUCAAUAUAUUUUAUCUUGAAUAGUUUCAACAACUGAUUAGGAAACACUGUAUUUGCGUCAAGAGAUUGUAUUUUUAUGCUAAGAACCUAGGUUACUUUAUGCUCUGUAAAUAUGAUUUAGCUCCUAGGCAAAAGUUAGAGCUAGUAAGUAUAUGUGUACAAACAACCUGUCGAUGAUUUCAGUUAGUUAUUAGUUUUCAGAGGAAAGUAACCAGCAGCUGUACGGUUUAUGUUUUGCUCAAAAUCUGUUAUGCAACGUGAUGUUUCGUAGAGCGUUAACGAAAUUUUCUUCAAUAGUUAUGCAAAGAUCGAAUAGCCUUUAAGGUAUUGUAUGAAAAACACACGAUAAGUUUCCCAUAUUAGCUAAAGUUACUUCUCCAUCCAAGAAUUCCUAAUAGUGGUGCCAUUGAAAUGUGUAAAAAUCUCUAACAAUCACUGAUAGAAUCAAACAGAAUUUUGGGUUGAUUGGUCUUCAUUGGUUGGCCACUCUGACUGUAUGUUUUCGCGGUAUCUUUUGAAAUCAGGUCGUUCAGCGUACUAUGUCGUUAAGUAAUAGAAAAAAAACUUCGUGUCAAUCGGGAUCAAUUAUCACAAUAAAAUUGAAAAAAUCGAAACAAACUUCUAUGGCAGUGCGACAUAAGUCGAUAGCUCGCUCUCUAUUUGCUGAAUGACGGUUCUUCGGAAAUUCACGAGAAUUAUCAUAAUAUUUGCAAAGCAUUUUAACUAACAUGCUUUACUUGUCUGGUGAUCGUAAAUAUUCAAACGACUACCGCACAUAGCCUUGCUUUGGGCGAAAAUUAACAUAAUUUUGCGAGUACAUUACCAAUAUUAUCAUACACUGAAACCUCCAUUUAAGUCGAUGCAUGGCUAAUCGAAAAUAAUUUUUCCCAUGCAGGCAAUGACAAAACUAUAGACUUUUAUAUUUUUUAACACUUCGCAUGACAAAGGAGAUUUGUCAAAAAAUAUAAAACUGUAUAGUUUAGUCAUUGCCUGUACGGUAAAAAUUAUUUUCGAUCAGCCAUGCAUCGACUUAAAUGGAGGUUUCAGUGUACACCACUUCCAAAUGGUUAAAACUUCGGCAUAGUACAUGCAAUCAAUUUCAUUUGAAUCGAAAAAAAGUUCUCCGUUUUUCUCAUCUCAUCCACGAUCAGACAUCGAUCAUAUGCCACAUUUCAAACUCUCGCUGUGUCUCUCAGUGUUAAGAGUUUUCAUCAGUUCUAGUCUGUAGCGAAGCGUGGUGCAACCCAGCCAACAACAAUGGCAGGUUCACAAUCGGGUUUCUGUAGUAACACGAAAGAGCAGCAAAUCGAAUUUAACUCACUCACAAAAUCUAGGGCAUUUGACUCGAUUAAACAACGUUCGCGUCUAGUGAAUAGUAGAAAACCAACGACGACGAGUUAGAAUUAAAACGUACAUGGCCUGGGACACGAUCAUAAGGGGAAAAAAUUUGAAGUGCAUUUGACCCUACACAGAACAUAUGCAAAUCUUGGUAAACCAAAAAUUAGCAACAACAAUGAGCCGACAAAUCUUGAUAUGCAUUCGAUGAAACUAGGCUGCAAUGAUGGGAACUGUUUUUAUUUGAAAAGUAUCGAACAACGAAGUUGUGAACUAGUCCUUUCAAUUCUUCGUGCAGUCUAAAUCCUUAAACUAGCUUCCAUAUAGGAAAAAAGAACGUUUCAACCAAUCACAUAAAAAAAAUCCUUUUUAGUAGUAUAUCUCAAUUGAGUCAACCAUACAUUGUUGCUGGUUCGACUAUUUUGUAUGUUGAUUCAAUCGUGCAAUCAUUUUAAAAUUGACGAUUUUUUUAGAAGCAACUCGUAUUGUUUUACGAUUAUGCCAAUAAAGUGCAAGAACUAUUUUGCUCAAUCUUUUGCAUAGAUAUUCGAUCAAAUUCGAAUAUUCCAACUCUGGUCAAAUGGAACAUAAUCUCUGAAAUUCUUUGUAGGGAAUUUCCAACAAAUAUCACUCGAAUAAGCCAGAGCGAAAAAAAUGAGCUUUAAUAUGAAAUCUAAUUGUUUAGGCUACAAUUAUGUAUUUAGAAAGCUACAUAGCUAUUGCCAAGAAUUUAGAAUACGAGACACAGUUAAAAGCAGUAAAAUGAUCAAAAAAGCGUUGUUCGACACCUUCUCAUAUAAAAACAGACCCACCAUCCAAGAGAUUAGACACGUGUACCGAAGCGGAGAGUGAACGACAUCGAAGAAAAUGAAAUACUAAAUUCGACCCAACUUCCUGAACUCUUCUAAAAGGAAACAUGAAUCAUGAAAUUACACAAAACUCAUUUUGCCUGACUUAACUGCGCUAAAAAACCAAAACAAAAA